UGUGGUUGGAACCAACAGAUGUUAGUAACGCAGAUCGAAUGUUCCAACGUGGUUCAAAAUGGUGUUCAUCAUUAUCGUAUGCCUCACCGAAUCUCAAUGAGUUGAAAGUAAUGUAUUCCGCCAUUUUAGGACAGCAUCCACCUCCUACUUCAGGAAGUGCACUGGAAGAUUUAUUGACAUACGCUGGUUACUUAGGUAAACCACUCUUGACAGGUAACUUCCACACGCUGCUUGUCACGUUAGGCUGCCAUGGAGUGGUGCUGGUAACGACUUUAACUGUAGAUUGUCUGUUUCCCGUUCGAGGUUCCGAAAUUUCAAAGGGUGAAUUUCGUAUUGUUCAUUACCCAGCUCCGAAUGUUGAAGGUAUCAUCAGCGUGUCAGGAGCAGGAGACUGUUUUGCUGCUGGAAUGAUUACUGGUAUUCUCCAGCGACUUUCUCCAUCUAAGUGUAUCGAAGCAGGAAAACGGGCAGCUGCCCUUUCUUUGCAUUCCCAUCUUGCUGUACCUCAAACCAUGUGUCCAGAAAUGGUGCUACCUUCUUGAGAAAGCAGAAUAAUUUUGUAUAUAAAGAAUAUUUUUUAUAUUUAUAAGAAAUUAGGUAUCAUUUCUUAAUUAUUUUUUUCCCUUUGCUUGAAUUGUACAUUGAAUAUUAUAUCAAAGUCAAUUGAUAUUUUCACACAAAUACUACCUGCACAACUGGGAAUAUGACUAAGUAUUUUUGUUGAAAUGUAUAAAACUAGGUACUGAAAGAAGG